CACAAAGAGAGGGGAGGGGGAAACUGGACCCGAGCGAGGAGGAGGAGGGAGAGAGAGAGCGAGCGAGAGAGAGGAGGCAGUCGCUUGGAAGAGGAGCGCUCAAACGCGCACCGCACAGCGCAGCUAUCGCUCGCCAUCGCCACGCAAUCGCUCCAGUCCACCCCUGCAGAUUUCGUUGGCAGUGGCUCGCUCAGUUUGCUUCGAACGCUGCUCAAAAGCAGCGGCCAGAGAGAGAGAGAGGGAGGGAAAGAACGGUCGCAGUCAGCUACUGGGAGACGUUCGUCGGCGUCAAGCCAUGACGACGGAGGACGGGGCUGACUCCGAGCAGCAGAAGAAGCAGCAGCAAGAGGCCAAGCAGCAGCAGCAGGCGCAGCAGCAGCAGGCGCAGCAGCAGCAGGCGCAGCAGCAGCAGGCGCAGCAGCAGCAGGCGCAGCAGCAGCCACUUGUGGAGGACGGGGCGCACGCAGACGCAGCCGCCACCACCGUGGUACCGGACGCUGAGGAACUCAAGAAGAGCAAGGCGGCCGAGCACUCGGAAGCCAGGGAUAAAAGCGAGCAGCAGUUCCUGUCCGAGGACGAGCAGGCGUCCGAAAAGACGGGCACUCCGAGCAGAACGAGCCGGUCGCCCCACAAGGCCCCCAAGCCCAAGGCCAUGGCGUUCCGCGUGCUCCUGCUGGACGGCACGGAGUUCGUCAGCGAAGUCGAGAAAAAUGCCAAGGGGCAUGAGAUGAUCGAUUUGGUCUGUGACCACCUCAACCUCCUAGAGAAGGACUACUUUGGGCUGGCCUACAGGGACUCCAGUGAGCAGAAGGUAACGGCAGGGAAGCCAGCCAAACCCGAGAACUGGCUAGACCCUGCCAAGGAAAUCAGAAAGCAGAUCAGAAGCGGUCCCUGGGUGUUUUCCUUCAACGUGAAGUUCUAUCCCCCUGACCCCUCGCAGCUGAGCGAAGACAUCACGAGGUACUACCUGUGCCUGCAGCUGCGAGAGGACAUCCUGCGGGGGCGGCUGCCCUGCUCGUUCGUGACGCACGCUCUGCUCGGCUCGUACGCCGUGCAGGCCGAGCUGGGCGACUUCGACCCCGAGGAGCACGCGGGCGACUACGUCUCCGAGUUCCGCUUCGCGCCCAACCAGACGCGCGAGCUCGAGGACAAGGUCGUGGAGCUGCACAAGACGCACAGAGGAAUGACGCCGGCCGAGGCUGAGCUUCACUUCCUGGAAAAUGCCAAGAAGCUGUCCAUGUACGGGGUGGACCUCCACCAUGCCAAGGACUCUGAGGGUGUGGACAUCAUGCUGGGCGUGUGCGCAAACGGGCUGCUCAUCUACCGAGACCGUCUGCGCAUCAACCGCUUUGCCUGGCCAAAGAUUCUCAAGAUCUCUUACAAGCGCAGCAACUUCUACAUCAAGAUUCGUCCCGGGGAGUUUGAACAGUUCGAGAGCACCAUCGGCUUCAAACUGCCCAACCACCGCGCGGCCAAGCGGCUGUGGAAAGUGUGCGUGGAGCAUCACACCUUCUUCAGGCUGGUGUCCCCCGAGCCGGCUCCCAAGGGGCGAUUUCUGACGCUGGGCUCCAAGUUCCGCUACUCGGGGCGGACCCAGGCGCAGACGCGGCAGGCGAGCACCCUGAUCGACCGGCCGGCGCCCAGCUUCACCCGCUCCUCCAGCAAGCGCUACACGCUCUCCCGCUCACUCGACGGGGCGCCGAUUGGGAGCAGCCAAGAGGGCCUGUCGCUGGUCAGUGCUCCCGAGACGGCGCCGGCCCCGGACUCGCCCGCCUACUCUGUGUCCACUACGGCGUCCUCCACGCAGCAGCAGCAGCAGCAGCCAGGCCAUCACGACGCUGGCAGCCCCACCGCCAACGACAAGACGGCCGGCCAGCACGAAAAAAACGUGGCCUCCGACAAACACUCCGCCGCCACCACCACCACUGUCAUCACCGCCGCCACGGCCGCCACCGCCACUUUCAUGGAAAAGGAAAAGGCGACCGUGAGCAGCUCGGUGGUCGUCACGGAGACAGUGGUCAGCGAUAGCACGUUCACUGCCAGCGAGGAGAGGAAGCAGGAGUCGGAGAUGAGGGAGGAGGACGGCGCGGUCCCCGAACACGAGAAGGGCCUGGACAAGUCGCAGGAAGAAGUGGUGAAGCACCUGGCGACCAUCAGCGAGCUGAAGCGCAGCUUCCUCGAGUCGUCGCCCGAGCCGUCCCCUCCCGCCUGGGACCACCGCCUGGCCGCGGCGUCCUCACCCUCCCGCUCCGCCGCGGACAAGGAGGCCGAUGACAAGCCACCGGCAGCGGACGGCACCAGGAAGUCUGACGCUCCAGAAGAUCGCACGGAGGAGACAAAGUUUGUGUUCUCCUUUAAGACUCCCCAUUCGCAGGAUGACGCUAACAAGGGCUUGGAGGACUGGGUCCUGGUAGAGAAUGCUCAGUGUAAAGUGGAAGAGCGGGCACACGAUGACGAUGACGGCGACGGUGGCGACGCCCCUCCGGCCCUAGACGCUCUGCGGAGCGCGGCGGCCGAGUUAGCCGCCGCGCUAGACCGCCCGCCGCCCACGACCCACGCCACGGCGCGCUCGCACGACACGGAGGCCUUCGCCAGCCCGCUCAAGAGUAAGCUCGUUCGUGGCGCUAAGGUGGACGCAUCCCCCGCCGAGGAAGAUCUCACGUUCUCUCCUUCUGAACAUCCUCUUGCCGACCUCCUUGAGACCGUUGAAUUCUCUCAGAUGCUCAAGUCUGAGGUUAAGGAAGCCACGGAGGUCGUCACCAGCAGCAGCGUGAGCAGCAGCAGCAGCAGCAGCGCCAGGGUGGUGCGGGAGAUGGUCGUCGAGGAGAAGAAGAUUUCCAAGUCGCUCGUGGAAGGCGCGUCGAUUGCCGUCGCCUCCGUGACGCUCACGGUCGGCAAGGCGGGCGGCGGCGGCGGCGGUGGCGACGACGACGAGCCGCGCGACAAGGGCGAGUCCCCGUCCGGCAGGCCAGAACCCGCACCACGAGCCACCGCCGGUACCGCUGCCGCCGCCGCCGCCGCCGCCGCCACCGGCGGCAGCGGCAACGCGGCAAAAGAAUCGGCGAGGUCCUCGCUUCCGGCAGACGCGGCCGUCGCCGCGGCGAUGGUCGGGGCUACCGCCGCCGCGGCCAAGGCGGCAGCGGCCUCCUCGUCCCCGGAGGAAAGCCCUGCCGGGGACGCCAAGGAUGGCAAGGACACGUCGGAGGAGGAGGAGGAGCCAAAGACAAACGGAGACAUGUCCGACUCGGACGACGAGGACCAUGGGGAGUUUGAGCCUCCCGUUGUGAAGACGGAGAGCGUGAGCUUCAGCGAGGUGGUGAGGGCUGACGUGACGGAAAUCUCCACCAAGGAGGUGCCCCUCGUGCACACGGAGACGAAGACCAUCAGCUACCAGACCGUGCAGUCGGACGGCGCCAAACACGUGGAGCUGGGGGGCCCGCUGCUGAGCACCGUGCAUGGCACCGCCACGGAGGCCAUGGCCAGCAGCAGCAGCACCAGCAGCACCACCACCACCACCCACAUCACCAAGACGGUUAAGGCAGGCGUCACCGAGACACGGAUUGAGAAGCGGAUCGUCAUCACGGGAGACAGCGACCAGGACUACGACGAGAAACUGUCCAAAGCCCUGAAGGAGGCCAAGGAGCAGACGGAGACCACCAUGACCAAGCUGGUCGUGCACCAGGAAUCGGAGCACGCCAAGGAGGGUGGCAAGGAAUAGAGGGAGCCGAAUUUUGAACCGACUCUCCUUCAUCUUGGAUUGGAGGCCUUUACAGUGGCAGAGGGGGAAAGAAACAACCUCACCUUUCUGUAAUGCCAGUCCCCCCCCCCCCAUUACCUUUGACCAACUGUAGGAGUCUUGACCACUGUUUCAGCUCGAGAGCCGAGUGACCACUACAAAAAAAUGAAUGCGAGGAAAACCUGAAAACGGUCGGUCGUCUUUGCCGGCCAUUAGUUAGAGGCCUCCGUCUCUGUGCUUUAACCCAGUUAGCAAAUAAGUUUAUAAGAAAUUCUAAAGACUAAAAUAAAAUGCCCCAUCUGCCCUCCCCCGUCACCAUGCCCCAAGCAUGCUAGCUAUUAAUCAUUAGCUGUAAAGGACCAAUGAACAUUGGGUAGGUUAUUUUGAAAUUCUGUGUGUGCUGUAGCUCAUUGGGAGCAGCUGGUAACAUUCUAAGGUAUUGACAUCGACACAUGCAAAUGUUGAUGUUUUAUCCAUUGCUUUUAUUCAAUACAUUGAGUUAAAAUGUUAAAGCCCACGAGGUGAAGUUUUUAAAAUGGUCAAAACUUGAACGAGUAGGGGUCCAGAAAAAAUUAUGCAUGUUUUAAAAUAUGAAUGAAGCUAUUGGAGCCAAAUGCAGGAAAAUGUUGAGCAUUUUUGUUUUUCAAUCUUCUCAAUACAGGAGCAAGGUUGUAAAUGAAGGGAAAAAUUAGUGCCUAAAAUAUAAUCAAACUUUUGUCACGCAGUUAUACAAAGUAAGCAAACCUGCCACUUUACCACUAUUCCAUUGCAUGCCUUGAGCCGUUAUGCCUGGGCAAAAAAAAUAAAAAGUGGAUUGGUGCCAGUCUGGUCGACAACCCAGAAACCAACACAUACGCCACUACUGCUGCGGUUUUUUCACGGCUUUGCUGUAUAGCUCUCCUGUGUGUUCUCAGUCUACCGCGUGCUUCUGCACAAUUUAAUUUCUGCAAAACAAUGUGACAACCAGAAAAUACAGUGGAGCUAAAUAUAUAUACACUGCCAUUCAUUUGGGAUCCACACACACAGAUGGCUAACUCCCAAAUAGAAUAACCACCGUGUUGUGCAACAGAAAAAUGUAUAUUUAAAUUACUGCAUGGAUCAGGAGCCGUUGUAAGAGUUGGACAAGAUAAGCUAUGGCUUAUUUGGCCUACUUUGGUCAUACAAUGGUACUACUGAUACCAAUUACAGUAGGCCCCAUGUCUUGCUAUGCUUUUACAUUUGACCACUCGGCCUGUGGAUUGGGCCACAAUUGGCUCAAUCAUUGAAAUGGCCCACAGCUAUGCUGUAGCAAAUGAAGUGUUGAUUAAUAGAAAAGGGCGUUAACUUAAAACACCUAUUUGGUGUUUGUAAUUUUAAAAAGGAAUGUAACUGUGAACAUGAAGGUGGUUUGGAAGUGGGAUAAAAAAAAAUGAUUUUUUUGUCUUAAUUUUGUUUGUGCCAUGUUUAGAUACAAUUGUUUUUCAUUGUUUUAACCUGAUACAGUAACGUAAUAUUGUAAUACGUAAUGUUUACUUUAGUUUAUUGACAACUGUUGUGCUAAAUGUUACCGGUGAACAAAGCUAUACAUAGAAAUAAGGGAUAUUUUAAUUCUAGUUUUGAUUCUAAGGUUGAAGAAAUUGUCCGGUUUGUUUGCCUACUAUGCUUUGCGCAAAUGGCAAGAAUGUUCUGCGGAUUGAAUUGUUUUAAAAAGGGAAUUUCACUGCUCACCGCAAAACAAUGUGCUUCGAUAGUGUUCUUCAAACAAAGUCAUUCAAUACCUUUAGAAUGUCACCCCGUGUUGGUGUAAUAGUCCUGUACCUGCAAAAUAAACACUGUGUAUUGCUU